CCUUCUGCUCGCCGUUUUGAGCGCUGCCUGUGCUGGACAGCGGAAGGCUGCGUUGUUUUUGUUUUAAGAUUUCGGUUCUGUCAAGAGUAUUAUUUAUAGUCUGAGAAACGGAGACAACGCUUUUGUGUGAGAGAUUGCGCGCCGGUUCGCCGUUAUCGGACGUGUGGUGUGGUUUUUACAGCUGACAUGGAGGGGUCGCGGUUGCUAACCAGCUAGCUUGGUAGUGAAGCGAUGUGCGAGCCUGAGUUAAUGUAAUAAUUGAAUAGUUUAAAAGUUUAUAACCGCCAGAUCUUGAAUGUUCUCUUUCCAAUCAGCGGUCGCAGCUUUUCUCACACAGGUGUGAAACGGUGCCAAUGAAAGUAUGAAGGUGCAUAAAGCCUCUUCUCGUUCCAAAAAUGAGCAGCGAAACGCCACUAAACGUCACCCGAAGAGCAAGUGGCGAGUGCACAACAAAAGAAUUCGCAGUUUGGACCCCUCUCAGCUCACCUCAAGCCCCACAGUGGCCAAGGUUGUACCCCAGUUAGCUAACAGACAGAAGUCCAAGUUAAAACGGUUACAGAAGGCACAUGCAAAGGCUGUAACUUUGUCCCCGGAGGAGAGUAACUUUGUUAGGGCCAAGGUCCGGGUCCCUCCUGUGACGUUCCCUCGUGUCCACACCAAUGGGGGGACCGAGUUGGAGACGGGCAGCGAUUCAGAGGACUCUCAGGACUGGAGCUCCUAUGCCAAGAGUGUUCUUCAGAACGGUCUGGAGAUGAAAGGAGGUGAAGAGGACUUGACGCCAGUGGCUCGCGUUCAGUUGGAAGACGAGGAACCUCCCGAGUACCACGCCCAGUAUGACCACGUGCAGAACCACACAGUGCUGGUCUUGCAGCAAGGCCAGUUCCUCUGUUUUCGGGGCAAGUGCCUGCUCACGUGCCUGAGUGGUCGCGUGGAGGUGAUGGGCUUUACCAUCGAGCAGGGCCAGCAGCCUUACCCGCUCUUCUCUCCCCCGUCCCAUUGCCCCCUCACCAUCAUCGCCCUGGGGGACUGCGCCCCCCCCGGCAGGAACAGGAAAGAGGGUCGCCUGGAGGCCAAAGCCAUCGUCCGAAAGCACCUUUCCUCAGAGCCGCGGAAGAGGCUGCUGAGCGAGGUGGACUCGGACUCGUGUGUGGUGCUGCUGCAGCCGUUGGACACGCCACUCGUGCGCUUCCUCACCAGCUUCGGGGAGCUUGACCAUCUCUUCGGCCUCAGCUCGAAGGAGCUGCGCUCUCAGGCUGCUGUACAAAAUGCUGCUUUCUCAGCUGUAGGCCUGACUGCUCUGCGGGGGCUGUGUGCUCGAGGCUUGGUGGUUUCCCGCAGCUACAGAGAGGCUCUCAGCAGCCUGCUCAAUGCCUGGGAAGGUGACUUUGAUCGCUGCCCCAUCAUUCUUGUGUGCGGGGCCAAAAACUCCGGCAAGUCCUCCUUCAACCGGCAUCUCAUCAACACUCUGCUCAAUCACACUGCAAGUGUAGAGUAUCUUGAGUGUGACCUUGGCCAGACAGAAUUCACUCCUCCUGGAUGUCUCUCUCUCAGCACAGUGACGGAGCCGUUGCUAGGCCCCCCCUUCACGCACCAGCGAGAGGCAGAGCACAUGGUGUUUUACGGACAGUCUGACUGCCAGGCUGACUUGGACCGAUACCUGGACUCCCUCAAGUCCCUCUGGAUGUACUACAGUGGAGAGAGCCCCAUCGUCAUCAACACCAUGGGCUGGGUCAAAGGUCAUGGCUUCCAGGUACUGGUGGACCUCAUUCGCUUUUUCUCCGUCACCCACCUGGUGCAGCUGAGCUACGGCGACGCGCCCCAGUGCGCCAACCUCACGCCAGAGUUCCUGCGGUCCGCGCACGGCUUUCAGACGCAUCCCCCUGCCCAGCCGGUCCUCGCCGAUGAGCUGGACGGUCACCUCGCCUCCAGGGGUCACGUGCUUCUCAGCAUCCACUCAGAGUUCGAAGGGGCGGGCACCUCCGGAGAAAUGCGUCAUCAACGUAGCAAUGAGCUUCGGGACCUGGCCCUCCUGGGCUACUUCAGCCAGCUGCAGUCAGCAGGACCGUGCCCUGUCCGCCCACUCCACUGCUUCACCCCCUACCAGGUGCCACUCUCGGCCGUGGCGCUCGGCGUCACUCACUGCGAGGUGGCUCCCGACCACAUCCUGUACGCUGCCAACGCCAGCCUGGUGGGCUUGUGCUGCCUGGACGAGAAGGUGGUGGGAAGAGGCGGACCUGUGCUCCUCUCUCAGACGCCCGUCUGCCCGUGCGUGGGCUUAGGUGUCCUCAGAGGGGUGGACAUGGCACGAGGGCUCUAUUUCCUGGUUACCCCGGUGCCCCCGGCCGUCCUGCGGCAGGUCAACUGUUUGCUAUUGGGCGAGGUCACCCUGCCCAAAAUGCUCCUCACCAUGCAGCAUGGAGUGGAAACGGAGCUCCCUUACGUCACCGCAGACUAUAGCUUUGACAUCACUGGCGCAGGGAAACUUCAUGUUUUCAAAGGACUUUCAAGACCUUGUUUUUUAAAAGCUAAAACAAAUAACUAAGCUCUUGUGUCUGGACUAUGCUUUCAGCGAAUGACAUUUGUAUCGCUGUAUUUGUUUUAUAUCCCAAAUAAAAAGGCAACAGUUGCCACUGAAUGUA